AUGGCUCCUAUAGUCGUUGAAGAAGCUCAUUUUGCAGAAAUGCCUCUGGCCGUUGGUGUGGUCAGUGUAUUCGGCCUGGUCUUCAGCGUCUCCAUGUUUUCAUGGAUCUGCUGCCAACGCAAAGCUAACAAGACCAACAAAACCCCGCCCUACAAAUUCGUCCACAUGCUGAAGGGCGUGGACAUCUACCCAGAGAGCUUGAGUGGCAAGAAGAAAUUUGGGGCCGGGGAAAAGACCCCGGAGCCCCCUUCUGGCAAACAGUCCCCCAGCCCCAUCGGGGUGAGGACCGGCCUCCACCUAGACCUGGAGAAACGCGAUUUGAACGGUAACUUCACGAAACCUCCUUCCCUCCACCCCAAAGUACGCAGCUCCCCAGACCUGGAGCUCCCGUCCCCGCACCAGGCGUUCAGGCAAGGGGGCCAAGAUCCAGUGACCCCAGAGAGCAACCUCUCCAGCCAGACCCCGACCCCUGCCGAAAAGCCCCAGGACAAGGAUGGGGGUGUGGGGACGCUCUUCUUCUCUCUCGAAUACAACUUCGAGAAGAAGGCCUUCAUGGUGCACAUCAAGGAGGCUCACGGCCUGUCUGCCAUGGACGAACAGUCGUUCACCUCCGACCCUUACAUCAAGCUCACCCUGCUGCCCGAGAAGAAGCACAAGGUCAAGACGCGCGUGCUGAGGAAAACCCUGGAUCCGGCGUUCGACGAGACCUUCAGCUUUUACGGGAUCCCUCACUCCCGCGUCUCCCAGUUGGCCCUGCAUUUCAUGGUCCUCAGUUUCGACCGCUUCUCUCGCGACGAGGUCAUCGGGGAGACCCUGGUCCCGCUGGCCGACAUCGACCUCUCCGAAGGGCGUGUCCUCAUGAGUCGUGACAUCAUCAAGCGGAACAGGAGGAGCGCCGGCAGAGGGGAACUCCUGCUGUCCCUAUGCUAUCAGUCCACCACUAGCACGCUGACUGUCGUCGUGUUGAAGGCUCGCCAUUUGCCCAAGACCGACAACAACGGACCCUCAGACCCAUAUGUGAAGGUGAAUCUGUACCAGGGGAAAAAACGGGUCUGUAAGAAGAAGACUCACGUGAAAAAGUGUGCCCCGAACCCCGUCUUCAACGAGCUGUUCGUCUUCGACGUCCCGUCCGAGGAGGGCCUGAGAGACACCAGUGUGGAGCUACUGCUGCUGGACUCUGAUAGGACGGCCCGCGCGCCAAUCAUCGGCCGUCUCGUCCUCGGCACCUCCUCCCCGGGCACUCCGGGCGAGCACUGGCGUGAGAUCUGCGAUCACCCACGGCGACAGAUCGCCAAGUGGCAUGCGCUGUCCGAAGACUAG